AUGUUUUCUCAGAUUUUCUCGAGAAGCAUAAGACCUAUUUCCUCCAGUUCAAGAAGACUAUUUGGAACAAUGAGUGCUGUUAAGGGUAAGCCUGAAGAAGCCAAAAUAAUUGAAGCUCGUCAUGUCAAAGACACUUCAGACUGUAAAUGGAUUGGUUUACAAAAAAUCAUUUACAAAGAUCCAAAUGGGAAGGAAAGGGAAUGGGAUAGCGCAGUUCGCACUACUAGAAAUUCUGGUGGCGUGGACGGAAUUGGUAUCUUAACCAUUCUAAAAUACAAGGAUGGCAAACCCGAUGAGAUUUUACUACAAAAGCAAUUUCGUCCUCCAGUUGAGGGUGUAUGCAUUGAAAUGCCAGCUGGUUUGAUAGAUGCGGGUGAGGAUGUUGACACCGCUGCCUUGAGGGAGUUAAAGGAAGAAACAGGUUACAGUGGCAAAAUCAUUUCUAAAAGUCCAACCGUUUUCAAUGACCCUGGUUUCACUAAUACUAACCUCUGUCUUGUUACUAUUGAAGUUGACAUGAGUUUACCUGAAAAUCAGAAACCAGUAACUCAAUUGGAAGAUAACGAAUUUAUCGAAUGUUUUAGCGUCGAGUUGCACAAAUUUCCAGAUGAAAUGGUCAAAUUGGAUCAGCAAGGCUAUAAAUUAGAUGCGCGUGUUCAAAACGUAGCUCAAGGUAUUCUCAUGGCUAAACAAUACCAUAUUCAAUAA